AUGAAGCACCGCCCACCUCCAGAUGCUAAGGCCCACAGGUCAAAACCUGGUGUGAUGGGCGGAAAUGAACGCAGGUGUGGCCUGAAGAGGAACCGGUCCGAACGCUCUCCAAGGGCAACCCUGAAGAUGCGGCCGGAAGUUGUCAUGGGAGCGGCUUUCCCGAAAGCAGCCCCUGCACACGGCAGCUACUCCCAGGCAACUAAGAACCACCUAAGAGUAGCUAUAAUAGACAGACAGGACCCGCUUGGGAAGCUGACUGCUGAACAGGCUGGUGCUGUCCAGUCAAACCUUGAGGGUCUCUUGGACAAGGCGGUCCAGGAGAACCUACAAAGAGGCCUAAAUGUCGAGGAUAUUUCUCACUCCGGGGAGAUCCUUAGGAUCAUAUGCGGAGAUGGGGAGUCCCUUGAAUGGCUCAAAGGGGCCGUAAAGCAGAUCCCCGUCUUAUUGGAGGGGGCUCAAUUGGAAGUCGUGCAGGCAGAUGACCUCUCCACGCUGGCUAAGGCAAACCUUUGGAUCCCCGAAAAGCCGGAAGAAAAAGGACUUGUCCUAGCAUGA